UUGCUAUUCAGUGAGUAAUGCGACGUUAUACGGAUCAUAGUACAUUGAAACCAAACCUUAAUUUUAAAGAUUAAAAAUGGCAUCUGAAAUCUGCGUUUCCGUUUAAAGUUACGUAAAUUGCAUAGUAUAGUUAAGGUACAUGUUUCUUCAAUCUGUGGCAACAACAUUUGGUUUCGUUGAAUUUGGACUAGAAUAUAAUACAUAAAUAUGUACAUUAUUGAAUACCUUUAUACUAUUUUUGGAACAGCUGUUUUUCUUCUACGUAGCCAAUAUGUUUCACCCCAGAGGAUGAACAUACAACCAAGCACGAUUUCAGUGGGUGGUGGCACAAUAUCCAGUACUUCCGCUCCUACAAUCACGCCGGAAGUUGUCGAAAUGGAAUGUUCUCCGGACGGGAUCUAUGUUGCCGUUGAAGCAAUAUACUCCAUGUACAUUAAGCGAGAAUCAACUUCUUUUGCUGAAAUAUCUGUGGUCGGAAAUGUAGCUAAGUUAAGUCCUUAUGCGCCAAGUGACAUUAGAUCCAAAGCGCCAACAUUGGAAGGAACAAUUAACACCAAUAACGCACUUGCUAGCCGCUUAAAAGCAACGUUCUUAGUUUCUAAAAUGGAUUGCAUGGAUGCAAAGACUUACCAGUGUCUUAUAAAUUAUAAACCAAUGGAAGCCGACACAGUGGAUACAAGCGCUGAAAUGAACUUAAACGUGAACGUUUUGCCAAGGGACCUUCAGAUCAGCGCAGCAAUGACGCAAGAUUAUGGUGUACAGCCUAUUCAAAACCAGUCUAUAAUUGAUUCUGGAGAGCAGGUAGAAUUCUCAUGUACAGGUUAUAUUGGGAGUUCCGACUCAACACUCAUUGAGUGGUUCAGGAAAAUUCCUCCUAGCGACUUCUUCCAGAGGUAUUAUCCUACGCAAGCUGGGGACACUAUAGACGAUGGGUUUCCCACUUCAUAUCAAUGUGAAUACAUGCGCACCUCCAAGUUACAAUUUACCAUGUCAUCAAGGGACACCGAAAGAACGGCAUUCCGCUGUGACGUGGCAACACAACUUACUUCCGGUGCACAGUAUCGAGUGCACUCAGGGGAGUUUCACAUUACACCAGGGAAUAAUCUUAUUAAUGGAACGACAAAGCUCAUCGCAGGGAAAGUGCUUGCACUGCUGUUUGGUUUUGUUUUGAUUUCAACAACAAUUUAUUGAACUCCUUACGGUGAAAAAAUAUAAAACAACUAGAAUGGAUAUACUGAUGGUGCAAUGUGUAUACACCCGUGGGAUAAGGAUACUGAUAAAUGAAGUUAAGACUUAAAAUAUCAAAAGUUAUGCAAACAGGGAGUGAUUCAGCUUUAACGAAGAGACAGUUAAUUGGUUUAUUGCGUAAAAGAAUAGACUUUUUGUCUUUGUACAUAUAUUUGACAUACUAGACAAAAAGAUGUUGUUUUUUUCCAGAGUAUAAUAAUAUCAUAUCUAUGACUUCUGCUCCAUUGAUGUAUAUGAAAUAAAAACCUCACGAUCCUUUUUCAUUUCAAACACGAAAUUAACUCGACAUUGGUCAUUUUACGAAGUUACUACUUUAGUGAUAAUUAAGGUUUGUUUGUGGUUUUGUCAUACAGAUACACUGCAGAACGUAAACUUAUAUGCGUAGAUCUGUGAUUGAGAAUAAUCGUUCCUGUCUUGUUGAAACGAAUAUUGUCAUUAAUAUGGCUAUUCUACAAUUCAUGAUUUUACAUUGGUUAUCUAAAGAGU